CGUCCACAGCGCUUCGCACUGCACCCGCGACCCGCACUCGCAACCAACGCGUUCAUCCAUCGAAGAUAUCGUGUCGAGCAUAUCCAAUAUCGACAUCGAGAUAUGAGUCGUGCCAACAAACUUGGCCCGGAGGUAAAUCGAGCUUUGUUCGUAAAGAAUCUAAGCUAUAACGUUACUCCAGAGGAAUUGUUCGACCUCUUUGGGAAGUACGGCCCAAUUCGCCAGGUGCGACAGGGCAUCGCGAAUAACACCAAGGGCACCGCCUUCGUCGUCUAUGAGGACGUGAUGGACGCGAAGCAAGCAUGUGACAAGUUGAAUGGUUACAACUUCCAGAACCGUUACCUUGUUGUACUCUACCACCAGCCUGACAAGAUGAUGAACCGCACAAAACAAGAUUUGGACGCCCGCAAGGAGGAUUUAGAACACGGGCCUGCGGACAGCCUUCAGAGUCGACGCAACUUGUCUGGAGGCCCGUCUUCUUCACAAUCUUCCUCCGCUACAACGAAGCAUGCGGCGUCGGCGCCCAGAGCGCCGAAGUCGAGCCUCAAGAAGGGCAGGCCGGAUAUCGCCAUGCACGUGCGAAGAAUGCCUCACUUCGUGCGCAAGCUGCUUCCCACGGUGCCGGAGUGCGCCUAA